CUUCAAUUCCCCCUCGUUGAGCCAAUCCUUUCCACAAUGGCGAAAAAAGCCAAGUCCCGCACAAUCGCCGUGCGCCUCGUCUCCAUGGCUCUGACAGGAUACUACAAGACCCUCAUACGACCGCGCACACACAGACCUUUGAGCAUGCUGAAAUACGAUCCCGUCGUGCGAAAGAAGGUCCUUUUCCUCGAACAGAAGCGUGGUGGACGGUAACACUUGGGAUACUUCUCAUACGAAAAGAUUUUACUAUGGGGGACGCCGUUCAAAUUUAGCAUGUGCAUCGGUAAUUCUGACACGGUGGCGUCUAUAGAGUCACCUCCAAUUUUGUGGGUUCUACGUUGGAACAGGUGUAUAUUAUGGAGCGUGCAUGGGAUGGCGUUCGGGAAGACAAACAGGUGCAGAAUUAUGGGACUAAGAGACUCUUAUUGCAAGGAAAUUGCUACAUCUCGUAUAAGUAUGCUGUCCCGAAGUAGAUGGGAACUCAGAGCAAACACCUCGUGUGUUACAGCUAAAGCAAAAUGUCCCUCCCAAAAUUAACAUUCAUCUCC